CGAUGCGGUUCACCAACAGAAACCUAAUUCUUGCAAGAUCCUUCAAACAGACACGCAUUUUCUCAUUUUCCCCAGAAAAUCGACCCAUUUUCCCGAGAAAAUCAGCAAAAUUCACUUCAAAAGGGGUCGAUGAGCUUCGCCCGGUGAUCAACCCCUCCAGGACGAUGAUGAGGUCGAUCCCUCAUGGAAUCAAACCAAAAUCUCUCAUCGCGUACGACGAACACGAACAAAACUGACCCGGAAGAAGAUGUCAAAGUGAUUCAGUGGGAGGAUUUUGAGCACGAUCUUGCCAGGUUGUCGAGUCUUUCUUCUGCGCUCAACGAAGCUAAUGAGAAGAAGCGAACCCUUCAGCAGAAGCUCGAGUCCCUCAUCCAGGUCAAUGCUGAAUCAUUGGGUCGAUCGAAUGAACUCGAGGGGAUGCGGCAGAAAUUGGAAUCGAAGAAAAUGAUGAUGGAGAAUAUGUCUAUACGUUCUAGGCUGGCAAAGGAGGAUGCUAGCAAGCAGGAGGAGCAGCUUAGUGGUGCAGUGCAAUCACUUUUGGUGGCGGGUGGUACUCUCUCUGUAUCUCGCAGAAAUCUUGAGGAGUCAAGUAGAUCACUGUCUGAAGAAAAUGGUUAUGUUCGUCUGAGAAACUUGCAAAAGAUUCUAAGGAUGCGACAGCAAUACAUGACAUCUCAAAUUUCAACGCUAUAUCCUGUAAAGAUUUUGGUUGGACCAGCACAAGAGCAAGAACUUGAAGCAUAUCCAUUAGGUAGCCCAGCAGGGUCUUCUACCGGACUUAAACCAAUUAAUCAAGGAUCAUUGACAAUUCAGGGUUUGCAUUUAACUAUGUUAUCCUUUAGGAAGAUGAGUUUUUUCACUGAUAAAAAGGAAAUUCAGAGGUCUGCUACAGCCCUAGCGUAUGUUGCACAUGCUGUUUCACUUGUAGCCUCGUACUUGCAAGUUCCUUUGCGAUAUCCUUUACGGUUAGGUGCCUCUCGUUCACAUAUUAUUGACAAUGCACCUUCAGUAGAGCUAACAUCUUCUGAAGCUUCAUCAAGUGUCAUGUCUUUCACAAAUGCCAAACAUGUGGAGUUCCCCCUUUUUUUUGAUGGUCAAGACACCACAAGAGCAGCUUAUGCUGUAUUCUUGCUAAAUAAGGAUUUAGAGCAGCUUCUGAAUUUCAUUGGUGCCAAGAGUCUGGGACCCCGCCAUGUAUUGGCUAAUUUAAGGGAGCUUUUAAGGACUAUCCAGUCAUCAGCUUAUAUAGACGACUUGAUCUAGUAUUUGUGUAACUUUUUUGUAAAUUUGUUUUUGUUAAUUCUUACACGGGUGCAAUUUUUUUGGGUGCACCUUCAAAUGUAGCAUUGUUAUCCAAAUGGAAUCAAACUUUCUAUAAUAGAUUUGGUAUUCUUUUCAAAAGUA